GCGUAAGGCAUACAUGCAAGCACUUGACUGCUCACUACAUAACAAGUGCUCUAUUGUUCUGUUUGGCAUAUUGCGUGUGUGGACACUUGAAGGCUAGCGCUGCAGUCUGCCAAACGAUUGUUGUGUACUCAUCACAGUAUGUCACUUUUGCAACCAUUGCAUCAGCGGACUACACCCUUUGUGGCCUGCAGCAAAGGGAUAGGCUGUCCUUCCCAACUCGCCAAGCCUGUGUGUCGUCGUAAAGUGAUUCCAGCAGCCCAUAUAUCGAAUUACGGGAGAAAGAACGAUGUAGACGCGCUUCAUACAGCGAUGCGUGUUACAGCAGCUGGUAUCCUCGCGUCGGGACUGCUCUGGCUGUCGGCUGCUCCAGCGGAAGCGGAAAUCCAGACGGUGUCGCCGCAAGUGGUGACGCAGAUGGCGCGUCCACUCCCCAAGCAAACCGUGGAUAAGGGCAAAAUUUGGACUGUUUUCAUUGGCGGUGCGGUAGCGCUCUUCGGGUCAGCACUUCUCCUCGAAAACAACGAGCAGUUCUUCCCCGCCAUCGUACGUGCCAAGCAAGCCACGAAGGUCUCAGAAAAGCUUAUGAAGGAGCAGGAGGAGCGCGAGCAGAAGGAGCGGGAGCUGCAGCAGCUGCGUCAGGCGGAGUACGAGGAGCAGCAGCGGCAGCUGGCAGCCGUGCAGCAGGGCCUCAAGUCCGCGCGAUCCCGCGUGCUGCCCAGCUCCUCUCCCUCCGCCCCUUCCCCUCCCUCCUCGGGCCCUGGUAUCGCAACCAUAGCGACAAGCACCAGCAGCAGCCACACAGACGUCCAAAGAAACAACGCAGGCGCUGUGGCCGAGUCGCCGUCCAGGGGGGUUCCGGAGCCCUCAUCAGGUGCUGCUGCUGGUGCUGGCAGCGGUGGGGAUGCUGCUGGGAAUGGGAGUGGCAGCGUGAGCAGCCGCAGUGGUGGAGUGGGAGCAGUAGCGGAGGCUGGUGCUGCUGGGGGGCCGGUGCCGGGCGCGAUCGCAACGCCGGAGGAGCAGGCGGAGGCGGUUGCACGGUUGACGCGGCUGCAGGGCUUUGUCUCUGAUACAAUGGCUGGAAGCAAGGGGGCAAUGGAUGCGCUGAAGGCGCACCGGCAGUGAUGAGGAAGCGGUGUUGCUGCGUGGACGCUCAAGAAUGGGUGAGGGGGACAAAGUACAGGGACGGAGUAGCGGGUGGUUUGGGUAGAAUGAAUCAUCUGGCUAGAAUGCCUAGGGGUAGGGGAAGUGCAGCAAUGCGCGCCGAGGCAAGGCGCUGAGGGCUUGCGGUAGAGAAUGAGAGCAUGCGAGUGUGAUGGUUAAGACACGGCGAUGGCUGGGAAGAUGCCAUUUCCAUCUGCACGGUUUCUAGUGGGCUGACAUCUUCAGUUGACGCGUUGACGCAGUCGGGCGGCUACAAUUUUGGACCCGUGGGUUGCACGGGAAUCGCAGUGGAAGUGGCGAGUGCACAUUGACGCAUGCUGAGUGCUGUGGACGUUUAGUACCGGUAGCUGAGAGAUUGCUUUUGUGGGAAGCUGAGGUCUUGUGAUGGCAUCAUGGGGUGCAGUGUCGUAUACACACCUGGGGUGCAGUGUCGUAUACACACCUGGGGUGCAGUGUCGUAUACACACCUGGGGUGCAGUGUCGUAUACACACCUGGGGUGCAGUGUCGCAUACACACCUGGGGUGCAGUGUCGUAUAGACACCUGGGGUGCAGUGUCGUAUACACACCUGGGGUGCAGUGUCGUAUACACACCUGGGGUGCAGUGUCGCAUACACACCUGGGGUGCAGUGUCGCAUACACACCUGGGGUGCAGUGUCGUAUACACACCUGGGGUGCAGUGUCGUAUACACACCUAGGGUGCAGUGUCGUAUACACACCUGGUGCGCCUAGGUGCGUCCUAGUUGCGCCUAGUUGCAUUCUCGUGUCCUACUUGCGUGCUAAGUGAACGUGUAGACGCAAGACGCUACACGAGGUUUCGCAAGGCCUGUCCGUAAUGUGCAUGUGGGGGAUUAGACCGUUGGGUUGCGUUGGAGUGCGAAAGCACCUAGGCAGGCUUGGCACACGUGCAGCGUGUAAUGAAAGAUAUGGUAGGUAAUGUGUGUUGAGCAGCAUAUGGGACACCGCACGUGAGCGAACGACAUACCAUUU